GCAGCAUCGUCCACCUCGCAUCGACGAUUGCCUGACUAGCCAGCCUAUGCCCCGGUCGUACCAUAUUGACCCAGAGAAUCCUUGCAUUGACCCUCAAUUGGUUCCCGCGAGAGCCCUGUUGCAACCGCAGCCAUGUUCGUCCUUCCCCCGCCCCCGCCCCGCUACACCGUUCCGGUCGCAUAUGCAGCUGGUGCAUCCAACGGCAUGGCGGUGCCUGUGGUAGAGACAAACAACAUUAUCAGCCAUCCCGAGGGCGGUUGCCCGCUGCAGGUUGGAGAAGGGACUUAUCACCUGAAAGAUGACCUCCAUCUCGCAACCCCGCCGCCCCAUCCUUCCGAAGCGCCUGUCAUCAACCCCAACCCUCUCGCGACCGGCGUGACUCCGCCAACCUCAGGCGUUAAACUUUCGCUGGUCCAAGUCAGCAAUCAAAGCAAAGCACCCAUAUACACGUUGAAUGGAACUGCCACGGCACCGCUGUUUGGCGAUGGGAACCCCGCACUCGUCGCCCCGCCGGUCAGAGAAGGCCUCAAGAGGAGGAAACCUAAGAACAACAUCGUUAAGAGCAGCUCGUCAUUUGUUUCACGGGUGAUUACCCAUGAAUCGCUGACAAAACGCCUUAACGAUCGCAGCCCUGACGGCUUUUUCGCGUUCGCAAAUAUUAAUCGCGCAUUCCAAUGGCUGGAUCUCAGUUCGAAGCAAAAGGAAGAGCCGCUGGCGAAAAUUCUUUUCACGAAAGCGCACAUCUUGAGCCACGAUAUCAACGAGCUAACGAAGAGCUCUUCGCACAUCGACAUCGUCAUGGGUUCGUCGGCUGGGGACAUAAUAUGGUACGAGCCGAUCUCUCAGAAAUACGCGCGCAUCAACAAGAAUGGGGUGGUUGCCAACUCCGCCGUAACACAUAUCAAAUGGAUUCCGGGAUCGGAGAGCCUCUUCAUGGCUGCCCAUGCCAAUGGCCAGUUGGUGGUCUAUGACAAGGAGAAAGAAGAUGCGCUCUUCACACCUGAGAUGACUAGUUCUUCAGCUGAAAUGCUGAAAUCGUCGGGUCGGCAGCCGUUGCAGAUUCUGAAGUCGGUCAACUCCAAGAACCAGAAGACGAACCCCGUGUCCUUGUGGAAAGUCGCCAACCAAAAGAUCACUCAAUUUGCAUUUUCUCCGGACCGCAGGCAUCUGGCCAUCGUCUUGGAGGAUGGGUCUUUGCGGGUGAUGGACUACCUCAGAGAGGAGGUUCUUGACAUCUUCCGCAGUUACUAUGGCGGCCUUAUCUGCGUAUGCUGGUCGCCCGACGGCAAAUAUAUCGUAACCGGUGGUCAGGACGAUCUGGUCACCAUCUGGUCCCUACCAGAACGAAAGAUUGUAGCCCGAUGCCAAGGCCACAACUCUUGGGUUUCGGCGGUAGCUUUCGAUCCCUGGCGCUGCGACGACAGGAACUACCGGUUUGGCAGUGUUGGUGAUGAUUGCCGGUUGUUGCUGUGGGACUUUAGCGUGGGCAUGCUACACCGUCCCCGAGUGCACCAAGCGAACGCGCGUCAACGAACCAGCAUGAUUGUGACCAACACGCCGCUUGGCAAUCGACACCGAGCCGAUAGUGCCGGGAACCGCGUCCGGUCCGACUCGCAACAGACCGCCGAUACCUACAGCAGCUACGACCCCACCGUCCGCCAUCCCGUGGAGCCCAGGGCGCGCACGGCUCUCUUGCCGCCGAUCAUGUCCAAGAUCGUUGGAGAAGACCCAAUUUGCUGGCUGGGGUUCCAGGAAAACUCCAUCAUGACAUCCUCUCUCGAAGGGCAUAUCCGCACCUGGGAUCGUCCACGAGAAGGCAUCAACGAGGACUAUUACGAUCACACGUCCUCCCCGGCCAUCAGCGCCAGUGCCGCAGCGUCGGGCUCCGGUUCCGCGCUCGGGGACUCGGUGAUGGGAUCACUCUAAGUCCAAUGUUGCAGAGAACAGGA